AUGUCUAUCCUCAGUUCCAUCAAGCGUGCUCGCGAUCACAAGGAGACAGUCAAAGCCAAAGAAGUAGAGCAGCCCAAGGCAACAAAACCCACACAAAGAUAUCGCCAUAUUCCCACACACGCAGCAUGCGAUUCAGUCAACGUCGGUCCAGCUGGUGCCCGUCAUCACGACCGCUCCAAGGUUCGCGCUGAGAAUCGAAAGCGAACGGCAAAAGCCGUUGCUGAUGCCAUGCACGACAACCACCACAUCCAGAUGAACUUCCCCGGAUCCUCAACGGCCUCUCCCUUCACCAGUGGCAGCUGCAGCACUACCUACCAAGCCAGCGAGACUGACUACGAUGGGGACAUCAGCCCUCGAAGUCACUCUCCUGCGCAUCACUUUGAGCCUGCCCACACCCACAUCUAUGAGUACUCUCCUGCGCCAACUUUCCAUCAUCCCAUUUCUCUCAAGGGCAAGGAAGUUGUCCGAGGUCCUCAGUAUGGCUUGGCUUACACUGUAUCUCCUGACCCUCGGGAUGGGCUCGCUGAGCGUUUCCAGACUGGUGUCAUGAUCUGA